GCCUACCCUGAAAAUAUUUCGUCCAAGUGCCAGCAAAUGGAAGUAAUUUCAGUCCACACUCCAGAACAAUGGGUGGCGCUAAUGCAUCUUUGUUGUUAUCAAACUUCCAUUAAAUAAAACAAACGAAGAAGCAGCAAAGAAACAUACGAUUUAUUUUUACUCAUACAGAUGGAAAUAUAAGACGAGCAGGAAGGUGAGACUGCAGGUUAUAUUUUCUGUGCAUGGACGCAAAACUAAUGCGCAGGGGUACCAGUGCUCGCCCAGAUACCACCGGAAUGGACAUCACCAGUCGUUGCACCCUGGGCGACCCCAACAAGCUCCCGGAGGGCGUCCCCCAGCCCGCGCGGAUGCCCUACGUGUCGGACAAACACCCUCGCCAGACCCUGGAGGUCAUCAACCUGCUGCGCAAGCACCGGGAGCUCUGCGACGUGGUGCUGGUGGUGGGGGCCAAGAAGAUCUACGCCCACCGCGUCAUCCUGUCGGCCUGCAGCCCGUACUUCCGCGCCAUGUUCACGGGCGAGCUGGCCGAGAGCCGGCAGACGGAGGUGGUCAUCCGGGACAUCGACGAGCGGGCCAUGGAGCUGCUCAUCGACUUCGCCUACACGUCGCAGGUGACAGUGGAGGAGGGCAACGUGCAGACCCUGCUGCCCGCCGCCUGCCUGCUGCAGCUGGCCGAGAUCCAGGAGGCGUGCUGCGAGUUCCUCAAGCGCCAGCUCGACCCCUCCAACUGCCUGGGCAUUCGCGCCUUCGCCGACACGCACUCCUGCAGGGAGCUGCUGCGCAUCGCUGACAAGUUCACCCAGCACAACUUCCAGGAGGUGAUGGAGAGCGAGGAGUUCAUGCUGCUGCCGGCCAAUCAGCUGAUCGAUAUCAUCUCUAGUGAUGAGUUGAACGUACGCAGUGAAGAGCAGGUGUUCAAUGCGGUCAUGGCCUGGGUCAAAUACAGCAUACAGGAGCGCCGGCCGCAGCUACCGCAGGUACUUCAGCAUGUCCGCCUACCCCUGCUAAGCCCCAAGUUCCUGGUGGGGACUGUGGGGUCUGACCCCCUCAUAAAGAGCGAUGAAGAAUGCAGAGACCUAGUUGACGAAGCCAAGAACUACCUCCUGUUGCCGCAAGAGCGCCCCCUAAUGCAAGGACCACGUACUCGUCCCCGCAAGCCAAUCCGAUGUGGAGAGGUCCUGUUUGCAGUUGGAGGCUGGUGCAGUGGUGACGCCAUUUCCAGCGUGGAGCGCUACGACCCUCAAACUAACGAGUGGCGCAUGGUGGCGUCCAUGAGCAAGAGACGCUGCGGUGUGGGCGUGAGCGUCCUGGAUGACCUCCUGUACGCCGUCGGGGGGCACGAUGGAUCCUCAUAUCUCAACAGCGUGGAGAGGUAUGACCCCAAAACCAACCAGUGGAGCAGUGAUGUGGCCCCCACCAGCACCUGCAGGACUAGCGUUGGGGUCGCGGUGCUGGGAGGGUACCUGUAUGCAGUCGGUGGCCAGGACGGAGUCUCCUGCCUCAACAUUGUGGAAAGAUACGACCCUAAGGAGAACAAGUGGACCCGAGUGGCGUCCAUGAGCACCAGGCGGCUGGGCGUGGCCGUCGCUGUGCUGGGGGGGUUUCUCUAUGCGGUGGGGGGCUCGGACGGAACCUCCCCUCUCAACACAGUGGAGAGGUACAAUCCCCAGGAGAACCGCUGGCACACUGUGGCACCGAUGGGCACUCGGAGGAAACACCUGGGCUGCGCCGUGUACCAGGACAUGAUCUACUCCGUGGGCGGCCGAGACGACACCACGGAGCUCAGCAGCGCUGAGCGCUACAACCCCAGGACCAACCAGUGGUCCCCCGUGGUUGCCAUGACGUCCCGCCGGAGCGGGGUUGGCUUAGCUGUGGUAAAUGGCCAGUUAAUGGCUGUGGGAGGCUUUGAUGGAACAACGUACCUGAAAACUAUUGAGGUCUAUGAUCCCGAUGCAAAUACAUGGAGGCUGUAUGGUGGUAUGAACUAUCGGAGACUAGGAGGAGGCGUUGGAGUUAUCAAAAUGACGCACUGUGAAUCACAUAUAUGGUAACCAUGGUAACUCCCCAGGUGCCACCCUGUAGCCUGUGCUUCCUCCAAAGACAUUGUGCAUCAUGAAAGAAAUGAAGAAUUUAUACUCUAUCCAUCAGCAACCAUCCGGCCGGCAGUCUGAGGAGAACGUGAGGAUCCUCCCUGAGGUCAGAGGUUAACGUGCAGGCAGUUUCCUCAUCACCCUCUGCUCUCAUUGGGCCCUCGGGACCUGUAGUUCUUCUCAUCGUUGCUCUGCCUGUACUGAAAGGAUCUUCUGACACUAUUCAGCCUCCAUGCCUGGGUGCUGCAGCUCCUCCUGUUAUGCAUUCAGUCACCGCUGCGUUCCUGUAUGGCUGCAGCGACCCGCAGGAAUGCAGAGCGAUGUCUUGCUUUUCCACUUCGGACACCAUGCACACAAUAGGAAAGUUCUGGAAAGGAAGACGCCCAAUGUGACUGGACUGCUUCAGCUUGUAACUCUAGAGAAAUGGGGCCUUAUUAAGAGCACGUUGGGUUCCAUGACAGUCAGUUAGACUCUUAGAAGUUGGAUCAUUAGUUACUCAUGGUGGGGUUAAAUUUAGUUUUUCAUCUUUAUGCCAUUUAUAGUUUGUAUAGUUCAUAGUUUGGUUCAGUCCAAGAAGACAUUUCACCAGUCGGCAUAAAUGCAGGCUGCAGUAACACUGGUUUAUGGGCAGUGAUAAUGUUGUCAUGUAGGCUGUGGCAACGUUAGCAUUUGGGCCUCUGUAACAUUGGCCUGUGGGCAGUGGGAAUGUGGGCAUAUGGGCCUCUGUCAUUAGAUGCUACAUCUUGGUACUCUAGAACUCUUGAGAAUCAUCGUCUUGGAUGCAUCUCUUCCCGAAUGGGAGUGCCAAGUGGGAGAAUCUAGACUGGAGGCAACCCUUUGAUCACAUUGUACUGCUCUCGGUUCACUUUGAAACGGUAAAGGUGUAUUUAACUUAUUUUUUUAAUUUCAUACUACAAUGUUUUGCAGAAUAGGUGCACUUUAUUGCCAGUUUAGAAAUCAAAGCAAAAGGUGGGCCAAUUCAUGUUCAGACAGCGAGUCUUUGGCCUGGUACUUCUGACGGCAAUGAGAAUAUUAAAUGUAUUAAUUGUAUAUUUUGGAUACGCGUCUCAUGGACAUGAUGCAUUGUGACAGUAAUUACUUCUUUCCAUUUUAAACAUUGCCAUAUUGACAAAGUAACCAGUCUUGCCAGUAACCAGUAAUCUUUUCAAACUCCUAAUGCAAAAAUGAGUGGACAGGUUAUUUUGAGGACUAUAUUUGCAUUUGAAUCUCCAUUUAUUUCCUAGGAAUGUACUGCCGGCUUUAUCAGCUUGGCUGUAGUUAACAUUACAUCCACAGAUGCUACUUCAAGUGUUGUAAUUCCAUGAUGCUGCAAAUGUGAGCUUAUUUCUAUUAAAUCUAAACAUUAUUUAGUACUUUAUUGUACAAUGACUGGAACUGGGAAUGUGUUUUUGAUUCAAACGGUUUUUAGGUCAAAUCGGUUCGCUUGGAAUCUUCCUGCUGCUUUGUAAGGAAUCUCUCCGCAGGAUAUUACUGGGAAAAUUGUAUUUUUGAGGUGGAACAAUAGUUGCCGCUGGAGAUCUAAAUUUUAUUCCUGGAUAUUUAUCAACCCAAACAGUGCAUUUCAAUCUGUUUCGACACAGACCAGUCAAAGCUGGAAUGUUAUUUUUUCCAAGCAUACAAAGUCAGAGGGAAAUGGGUUAUAAGCAGGAAGAGACAAAUCUGUUGGCUACUUUAGUGUGCAUGAAGGCCUGGGAAUAUCCAGGAUACAUUUUACCCACUUCAAGAAGAAACGUCUGCACUCUAACCUAUGCAGUCGAUAUAUGCUUUUCAGUGUUUGCUUUCAUGUAUUUUUCCAUAAAAACACUUGGGAGUGAGAAUUACAAAUGAAGAGAGACCAGUAUUCAAAGUAUCAUUCAGAUUAACUAGACUGAUCAUCUGGAGAACAGGCUUACAGACCUUCUGUAUAUUCUUAAAUGUGUCCUUGUGGUAUGCAAGAGCUGGCUUCACAACUCAAGUUGCUGGGCACCAGCUCUUACUGAACUGUUCAUCAGUAACACUGAUCCUAGUGAAGAUGGCUCCUGGGAUAGUAUGGACUCGUGUGUCACAGCUGCUACUGUUUUUCAGAAUGGAAAAGUGUCAAAUAAAUAAUCCCUACAUAAAAUAAAGAUGGGUACAUAAAGGAAUAAAUAUUAAACUAUAAAAGUGCUUGUCAUUCAGGUGAAUAAAUUGAUAAAUUCUCA